UUUUACGCGAGUUUCACCUUGUUUUUUUACGGUUACUCAAAUUUUCGCGGGAUCUGACGAAAAGAAAAAUAAAUACCGAAUAUAACAAUGGCUGAUUACGACCAAAUCUACGAUCUAGUUCUCAAAUUAGUUAAAGAAGGAGGUGCUCUAGUAAAAGACACCAUCUUUCGACCAAAGAAUGUUGAAAUCAAGUCUUGCGAUGUUGAUUUAGUAACUGAAACAGACAAACAAGUUGAGAAACUGUUGAUGGAUGGUAUUUCCUCCAGGUUCCCCGACCACAGGUUUAUUGGCGAAGAAACCACAGCGUCUGGAGUAAAAGUGGAACUGACUGAUUCUCCGACAUGGAUAAUAGAUCCAGUCGAUGGAACAAUGAACUUUGUUCAUGGAUUUCCUCACACAUGUAUCUCGAUCGCACUAGUGGACAAGAAGAUUCCUCAAAUUGGAAUAGUAUACAAUCCAGUCAUGGAGCAACUGUUUACCGCGCGGAAAGGAAAGGGCGCAUUUCUAAACGGCAAGCCAAUUCAUGUGUCCGAUGUGAAAGAAAUGAAAAAAGCCAUUCUUAUGUUUGAAAUGGGUACCAGUCGUGAUCCAGCAAAAAUGAAAGUUGUCAUGGAAAAUUUAGCUAUUCUAGCACCUCUCAUUCAUGGAACACGAGCUUUGGGCUCUGCUGCGCUAAACAUGUGCAUGGUAGCCCUUGGUGGUGCUGAUUGUAAUGUUGAAUAUGGAAUUCAUGCUUGGGACAUCGCAGCUGGUGAUCUUAUUGUGCGAGAGGCAGGAGGUGUUUGCAUUGAUCCUAGCGGAGGGCCAUUUGACGUGCUGAGCAGACGAGUGUUGUGCGCAUCGACGCAAGAAUUAGCUGAUGAAGUAGCUAAAGUAUUAGUUCAGUAUUAUCCGGAACGAGAUUAACGAGAAACCGAACGAUCGCUUAGUUAAAUAAUAUUUGAAUCUUUCUCAGAGAUCUGUAAUUUACAUUCGUGACAAAGAGGUGUAAGAUUUUGAUUCCAAAUCAAAACUGGUUCUAUGAUAUUUGUUACCAAAAAAUACCCACAUUACAACAAAUAUAUUCCAAUUCAUUCUAUUGAUUGAAUUGAAUUCUAAUUCUGAGAUGCAAUUUGUGUCACUUUCGUACUGCAUUUAGGUACUACACAAGUACCAAUUGUUCAAUAUUAUUCAGAUCUAGGUAGUCCCAGUUUGGUAUGCUAAUUUUUGUAAUUUUGACAUAGAGCAAACGAUAUAAUUUCCGAUUCGCAUAAAUUGCAUAAAUGUUUGCCAAGUUGAAACUAAACAAUUAUGAUGUACAAUUGCGAUAGUAUGAAGUACAACAUCCUGUUUAAAAUUAGGCAACAAAGGUAUCAUGUACUUUAGCAGACAUAUGUAUUGUAAAUUAUUCUUCCAAUAACUAUGAUUAUACCCCUAUAUAUGUAAAAUGUAACUAGCAAUUCGAAAUAAAAAUGGUUCAUUGGUAUGAAGCAA